GGCGGCGCCGCUCUCCCGUAAGCAGCGGCUCAUGGCAGCGGCGGGCGCGGCCCUGUCGUGCUUCAUCUGCGGCGGCGGCAUCGCGCGCGGCAAGGAGCUGAAGCUGCCGGUGAGGCCGGCGGGCCCCGCGCAGCCCUUCUUCCCGUUCCUGCAGCAGCAGGAGCCGGCGCCCGGCGCGCGCGGGCUGAGCGCGGCCGAUGGCUGCGUGCUGGUGUGCGCCGUGUGCCGCUGCUUCCUGGCCGAGCAGUGGGCCGCCUUCGAGCGCGCGCGCACGCCCGUGGACAAGCGCGUGUACUGGCUCAAGAGGCCGCAUCAGUGCGACGCGAGCGCGGCCGGCCGGCGCGGGGCCCGCGAGUGGAACACCGAGGACGCGCGCGACUCGGAGCUGUCGGAGCUGUCGGACGCUGACGCGCUGCCGGAACCUGAGCCUGAGCCCGAGCCCGAGCCGGAGCCGGAGCCUGAGUCCGAGGAUGCGCACGACUCCAGCAAGUCCGGAGCCCGGCGCCGGCGCACGGGGCCAGGGGCGCACUGGGCUCCGGAGCCGCGAGCCAGCGUGCUGAGGGGCAUCCAGGAACCCUGGCCCGGCCCCGCUGCGCCCGACGGCACGGACGGCGCCGCCUCCAGCCGGCCCGCGGCGCCCCCAGAGCGCAGUAGCACCCCCGAGGGCAGCGACGUCGCCGGGAGCCUCGGGGACGAAGGGCUGGAGCGGCCUCCCCGGACGCCCGCGGACAGCCAGGCCCGCUGCUGCUACGUCUGUGGCUCGGCGCUGUCACCGGCCUCGCAGCAGCAGAUCCACGUGCAGAAGCAGGAGACUCCCGCCCAGGCGCCCUUCUUCCCCUUCCUGUGGCUGCAUAGCCCCCCGCCCGGCGCCCAGCCCAUCACCGAGGCGGGCAGCACCCUCGUGUGUCCCUGCUGCUUCUCGUCCCUCACACACCAGUGGCAGAGCUUUGAGCUGGCCAACGUGCCGGUCUUGCAGCGGCUCUACGUGGUGCCCCUGAACAGCCACGCCCCCGGCAUGGCCUCCAAGGCCCGGAGACUCCCUAGGGAAGAGGUUCCCGCCCCCACCGCGGGGCUACUGCGGGAAGCCUGCUACCUCUGUGGGGAGGACUGUACACGGGAUGCCCGGGCUGUGCCCUCCCGCCUUGUCAACGGCAACUCUGGGGGCUCCAUGCACUUCCCCUUCCUUAGCCUCCUGCCCUGCCCACCCAACGCUCGGCCCCCCAACAAGCGCUGCGAGGUUCGCAGCUGCCCCAAGUGCUUCAGCGUCCUGGAGGACGUCUGGGCCCUGUACCGGGCAUCGCACAACCGUGAUCUCAUCAGCUCUGUGCAAGGCUUCCUGGGCAGGUACCACCAAGCCUUCUCUGCCUCGGACCCUACCCUGAGCGAACUGCCCACUUCUGCGCAGGGAGGCCCGCCUGCGGUCUGCUACAUCUGCGGAGCUGAGCUGGGGCCGGGCAAGGAGUUCCAGCUCAGCAUGAACCCCGCCAGCCACCUGGGCGAGAAGGAACCCUUCUUUCCCUUCCUCACCGUCUAUCCGCCCGCCCCACGGGCCAGGCCUGCAGACUCCACGGGCCUGGUGGCAACCUGUGUGCUCUGCUAUCAUGACCUGCUGGGUCAGUGGCUGCAGCACGAAGCCAGAGCCGCUCACCAGCCGGUCAGCGCCUGGUCGAGGCAGUACCAAGUGGACACAUUCGUGUGCUUCUUCUGUCAGCAAGAGAAGAAACGGUGUCUGGGGCUGAAGUCCGUGAGAGUGGCCAGGCUCCCCUUGUUCCUGUAUACCCUGAGAGCCAGCCACAGCCUGUUGGUGGAUGAUGGCCGGCAGCUGAUCAUCGGUGCCUGCGUGGAAUGCGGGACCCUGGUUUGUGCAGGCCAAGGGGUUGCCAGCCAGGGACCCAUGGGCUGGAGCUCUCCAACAGCAGGAGUAACAAAGGUUACCUCAGCUCCCCUGGAGGCACCUGCAAUUGUCCAUGCUCCUGCAUCAGAGCCCGAGCUACAGCCAGUGCCCCCCACAGACAGUCUAUCCAGGGGCAUCAGGACCACCCAGGAGCCGCUGCCAGUGUCGAGCCAGCAGAGCAGCCGGGACAGCUGGGAUGGAGAUGGCGUAGACCUCACAGCUACAGGCAUGAGCCAUGAGCCCAAGUCCCCUUCCAUAGGGAUGCUUUCCACGGCGACCAGGACCACCGCCACCGUCAACCCCCUCACCCCCUCGCCACUCAAUGGCGCCCUGGUGCCCACCGGUAGCCCGGCCACCAGCAGUGCGCUAUCGGCCCAGGCCGCUCCAUCCUCCAGCUUUGCUGCCGCGCUGCGCAAGCUCGCCAAACAGGCAGAGGAGCCCAGAGGGUCCUCACUGAGCAGCGAGUCAUCUCCAGUGUCCUCUCCAGCCACCAACCAUAGCUCUCCAGCUAGCACGCCCAAACGAGUGCCCAUGGGCCCCAUCAUCGUCCCCCCUGGGGGUCACAGUGUCCCCAGCACUCCCCCAGUGGUCACUAUUGCCCCCACUAAAACCGUCAACGGAGUCUGGAGAAGCGAGAGCCGCCAGGACUCCGGCUCACGAGGCAGCAGCAGUGGUCGGGAGCGCCUAUUGGUGGAGCCGCCUCUGGCCCAGGAAAAGGCCGCGGGCCCCACCAUCCCCUCCCACCUACUCAGCACUCCCUACCCCUUUGGCCUUUCCCCCGGCUCAGUUGUACAGGACUCCCGCUUCCAACCACUCAACCUCCAGCGGCCUGUGCACCAUGUGGUGCCCCCCAGCACGGUGACCGAGGACUACCUGAGAAGUUUCCGGCCCUACCACACUGCUGAAGACUUACGCAUGUCCUCCUUGCCCCCGCUCGGCCUGGACCCAGCCACUGCCGCAGCCUACUAUCACCCCAGCUACCUGGCCCCACACCCGUUCCCCCACCCGGCCUUCAGGAUGGAUGACUCCUAUUGCCUGUCAGCCUUAAGGUCUCCGUUCUACCCCAUCCCCACCCCUGGCUCCCUGCCUCCACUGCAUCCUUCGGCGAUGCACCUUCAUCUCUCUGGUGUACGGUACCCUCCUGAGCUCUCCCACUCGUCCCUGGCGGCGCUACACUCGGAGCGGAUGUCCAGCCUCAGUGCAGAGAGGUUGCAAAUGGACGAGGAACUGAGGCGGGAGAGAGAGCGGGAGCGGGAACGGGAGGCCGACCGGGAGCGGGAGAAGGAGCGGGAACGGGAGCAGCGGGAGAAGGAGCGGGAGAAGGAGCUGGAGCGCGAGCGGGAGAAGGAACGGGAACGCGAGCUGGAGCGGCAGCGGGAGCAGCGGGCAAGGGAGAAGGAGCUGCUGGCUGCCAAGGCCUUAGAGCCCACCUCCUUCCUGCCUGUGGCCGAGCUGCACGGACUCCGGGGUCACAGCACGGAGGAGCGGCCCAAGCCCUCGGAGCAGCUGACCCCAACCCGAGCAGAGAAGCUGAAGGACGUGGGCUUGCAGGCGCCCAAGCCCGUGCAGCACCCUCUGCACCCAGUGCCUGCCCCACACCACACGGUGCCCAGCCUCAUCUCCAGCCACGGCAUCUUCUCUCUGCCUGGAAGCAGCGCCACCACUGCCCUGCUGAUCCAGCGCACCAACGAGGAGGAGAAGUGGCUGGCACGGCAGCGCCGCCUGCGGCAGGAGAAGGAAGACCGCCAGUCCCAGGUGUCCGAGUUCCGGCAGCAGGUCCUGGAGCAGCACCUAGACCUGGGCCGGCCCCCCGUGCCCACAGAGGUGGAGCACAGGCCCGAGAGCACCAGGCCAGGAACAAACCGGCAUGAGCAGGGCAGCCGUGAACCCCCACAGCACUUUGGUGGCCCUCCACCACUCAUCUCACCCAAGCCCCAGCACCACACCGUACCCACAGCCCUCUGGAACCCAGUGUCUCUGAUAGACAAUGCUCUGGAGACGCGGCGGGCCGAGAGCCACCCUCUGCAUAGCCACCCGACUACUUUUGAGCCCAGCCGCCAGGCCGCCGUGCCACUGGUGAAGGUGGAGCGAGUUUACUGCUCAGAGAAGGCAGAGGAGCCCCGGAAGCGUGAGGCCACACCACUGGACAAAUACCAGCCGCCGCCGCCACCACCGCGGGAGGCAGGAAGUCUGGAGCCUCAGACCUUUCCCCACGGACCUGGGCCUUUCCUUACUGAACUUGAGAAGUCAACACAGACCAUCUUGGGCCAGCAGCGGCCCUCUCUUUCCCAGGCAACCUCCUUCGGGGAGCUCAGUGGGCCUCUGAAGCCAGGCUCUCCGUACUGCCACCCCACAGCGAGGGGCCCCGAUCCAGCCUACAUCUACGAUGAGUUUCUUCAGCAGCGACGGAGGCUGGUCAGCAAACUGGACCUGGAGGAACGCAGGCGGCGCGAGGCUCAGGAGAAAGGGUACUAUUACGACCUCGAUGACUCGUACGACGAGAGUGACGAGGAGGAGGUCAGGGCACAUCUCCGCUGUGUGGCUGAGCAGCCGCCCCUCAAACUGGACACGUCCUCAGAGAAGCUAGAGUUCUUGCAGCUUUUUGGCUUGACCACCCAACAGCAGAAGGAGGAACUGGUGGCGCAGAAGCGCCGGAAGCGGAGGCGGAUGCUCAGAGAGAGAAGCCCGUCGCCACCUGCCGUUCAGUGCAAGCGACAGACGCCUUCCCCCAGGCUGGCUCUGUCCACCCGCUACAGCCCCGACGAGAUGAACAACAGCCCCAACUUUGAGGAGAAGAGGAAGUUCCUGACCUUCUUCAACCUGACACACAUCAGUGCGGAGAAGAGGAAAGACAAAGAGAGGCUUGUUGAAAUGCUCCGAGCCAUGAAGCAGAGAGCACUGUCCGCAGCAGACUCAGUGACAAACUCUUCGAGGGACAGUCCUCCCAUCUCCCUAAGUGAACCAGCCACACAGCCAGCUCCUCUAGAGACGGAUCAGCCUGUCGGGGUCCCUGCCUCCUUGUCAGAUGUCCCAAAGGCCGCGGAGACUGGGAGACUGGAACAGCUCCGGCCCCAGGAGCUCUUGAGAGUCCAGGAGCCGGCUCCUCCCAGCGGUGAGAAGGCCAGGCUGAGUGAGGCCCCUGGUGGCAAGAAGAGCCUGAGCAUGCUCCAUUACCUCCGGGGCGCUGCGCCCAAGGACAUUCCUGUGCCGUUGUCUCACAGCGUCAACGGGAAGAGCAAGCCCUGGGAGCCUUUCGUGGCCGAAGAGUUUGCACAUCAAUUCCAUGAGUCCGUGCUGCAGUCCACACAGAAGGCUCUGCAGAAGCAUAAAGGGAAUUGUGCUUUGCUAUCUGCAGAGCAGAGCCACAAAGUCGACACGGCAGUCCACUACAACAUUCCCGAGCUGCAGUCCUCCAGCAGGGUCCCCUUGCCCCAGCACAAUGGACAACAGGAGCCCCUGACGGGGAGGAAGGGCCCUCCUAUGCAGGAGGUGGACCAGGACUCUGAGGAGGACUCGGAGGAGGACAGCGAGGAGGAAGCUGAGGAAGCCCCCAGGCGCCAGUGGCAAGGGAUUGAGGCAAUCUUUGAAGCUUACCAGGAACACAUAGAAGAGCAAAACCUGGAGCGGCAGGUGCUACAGACGCAGUGCCGGCGGCUGGAGGCGCAGAACUACAGCCUCAGCCUGACUGCAGAGCAGCUGUCUCACAGCAUGGCGGAGCUUCGGAGUCAGAAACAGAAGAUGGUCUCUGAGCGGGAGCGGCUCCAGGCGGAGCUGGACCACUUGCGGAAGUGCCUUGCCUUGCCCACCAUGCACUGGCCUAGGGGCUACUUUAAGGGAUAUCCGAGGUGACGGUUUCCCUUGCACUAGGCUGAACCUAUAGUAUAGAAAUAUUAUCUAUUUUAUUACCUUGAAUAUUUAAUAUUUUUCACUGGGAGGUUUGAAGCUUACAAAUUGAGAACGUGCCAUGCAUGAAGCGAAGGGUUCCAGGCUCCAGAGAGGAGAUCACCUCGACGCCAGUGUCACCGAGGCACCUGUCUCAGCUAGGACUCAGUUUCUCUUUCUGAGGUCGGCGUUAUUUCCUCUCUCCCCCACGUCAUCCUCCUCCGACACUGACGUCCACCGUGCAUGUGGCUGAGGGAGAGAGCCAGCUGGUUGUUUCUGGUAUAGCUGUGCCACAAGAGCCCAGCUUGCUGUUGCUGCGGCCCUGGGGUUUAACCUCUUCCUGCCAGGAGCGGGACUAAUACACCGGGAAGGCUGGGUGCGUACAAGCAAAGGGCUCCCCAUCAGUCCCAUCCGUCGCCUUCCCGCAAGCGAAUGAGCGUCAUCAUCGAAGCCACCGCUCCUGGGAGCACAUGAGCUUCUCCCUGGAACAGCUCUUAGGAAAAGAGGCAAACCCACACCCAAAAGUACCUUGUUUUCCUUGGGGAAGAUGCGUGGAGCUGUCCACAGAUAGCCUACCCACUGGAUUGCUACCGCCGUGUGUGGUGUUUUCAUACAAACGUAUGUUUUGAGAGGAAAGUCAAAGGUGCUUCAGCCUUGUACUGUGUAUAUAUUAAAAAAAAAA